CAGAAUCUCCGUCUGGCAAAGUGACGCAAUAAAGUGGAAUAUUCGUAACAUGAAAUGUCAAUUUUAACAUAAAAGGAAACGCAUUCGAGGAUUACUGGAUGGCCCUAGACAAAGAGUCUGUCUCUCGGCUACCACAAAAAAGCACUUGCCAUGCCCCUUUGCAGUGGGUCAAAGUUGACAGGUUCAAAGAGGCGUGGCUAGCCGAGUUCAAACAUGGCGGACAAGGAAAAGAAGAAGAAGGAAAGUAUCUUUGACUUGUCGAAAUACAUCGAUAAGACCAUCCGGGUGAAGUUUCAGGGUGGACGAGAAGCCAGUGGAAUCCUGAAAGGGUUUGACCCAUUGCUGAAUCUGGUGCUUGAUGGUACUAUUGAGUAUAUGAGAGAUCCCGAUGACCAGUAUAAGUUGACUGAAGAUACCAGGCAGCUGGGUUUGGUGGUCUGUCGUGGCACAUCAGUUGUGCUAAUUUGCCCUCAGGAUGGCAUGGAGUCUAUUCCAAACCCAUUUGUGCAACAGCAAGAUGGAUAACAGACUCCAAAGAGAGUUGAGCCCACCUCCCUUUACAUGACAAACUGUAAGGCCCUUCGUGUUCCAGUGAAAUACUUUUACUGAACUGGCUAGCUGGUAAUAAGGGAGAAAAUUGGAAAUGCACACUUCUUUCAUCAAACUUUCAGUUACCCUGUUUUUUUUGAAAAUUUCAUCAUGUAUUUUUGUACAGGUCCCAUGGGCCUAGAACUGAGGAUUUUGGCAUCAAAUGGAUUUUGUGAUUGGGGUGGGUGGUUUAGGAAUUGUAGUUUGUUUGAAAAGUUUAAACCAUUGCACCUAUUUUGAAUUUCCAUGGAUGUUUAGUAAGACAUUCUGGCUUUUGCUGGGAAGAUGCCAGAUUGAGACAUAUAAAGGAAAACGUUUUUGUUUUGUUUUCAUUUUGUUUGUGCUGCUUGGAUCUUUGUUUGGGUCUGUGGCAGCAGAAAUCCUGUAUGUUUCCUUUUGUGACCCUACAUUUUUAUAAAUGUAUGUAUAGAUAUAUGCAUAAGUUUUAAGUUUUGAUCCUUGUAAAAUAAAACCACCAUUUUCCCAGAAACCCA